AAGAAAAUAAUAAUGUUUUGUGUGCAACAUGAGAGAAUCAAUCAGUGAUUUGAUGACUGUAAUGAUCCCAUUGUUAAUUAUUUUAUUACUGUCAAAUUACUCAAAAAGUGUCGAUCUUGAGUUUUAUUUAGAUACGCCGGAAUUAAUAAAAUCAUGGGGUUACUCAGUUGAGAUCUACAACACAACAACAAAAGAUGGCUUCAUUCUGGAACUUCAUAGAAUCCCAUAUGGCCGAGAAGUUCCUACAUCGUCAGAUGUGAAUAAUUCCCGUCCUGUUAUAUUUCUACAGCAUGGUUUUCUGUGCUCUAGUUUCGAUUGGGUCGCCAAUUCACCUCAUCAAAGUGCUGGAUUUGUGUUCGCUGACGCCGGGUUUGAUGUGUGGUUGGGCAAUUUUCGUGGCAACACGUACAGCCGGAAACAUGUAUCGUUGAAUCCAGAUAAGGACCCGAAAUUUUGGGAUUGGAGCUGGGAUCAAAUAUCCGAAUACGAUUUGCCAGCAAUGAUUGGAAAGGCUUUAGAAAUUAGUGGUCAGGAAAGUUUAUAUUACACUGGAUUUUCUCUUGGCACUCUCACUAUGUUUGCAAAACUUUCAACUGAUCCAAAGUUUUCUCGAAAAAUUAAGAAAUAUUUUGCAUUGGCUCCAAUUGGCUCAAUUAAACAUGCUCACGGCGUGUUCUUAUUUCUCGGUAGACACUUUGGCAAAGAUUAUGAAGAAUACGUAAAGAAACAUGGGUCCGAUGAACUAUUUGGAAGUUCUUUGCUUUUUAAGAAAAUUGUAAAGUACACGUGUGGUUUAUUUGACACUCUUGAAGAAUUUUGCUCUGAUAUUACACUCCUUUUUAUUGGUACAGCAAACGAGAAUUGGAAUCAAACCCGGAUUCCAGUAUAUUUGGCUCACACUCCUGCCGGCUCAUCGAGCAAUGUGAUGGCUCACUUGGAUCAAAUGUUUUCAUAUGGCGGAGUUCCAACUUUUGAUAUGGGAGAGGAGAAGAAUUUGAAGGCGUAUGGGCAAAAGCUACCUCCUCAGUAUAAUUUCACAGGUAUUGCGGAUGUUCCCAUCUAUCUAUUUUGGAGUGAUGAUGAUUGGCUUUCAACAAAACAAGACCUGGAAGAAACGUUGUUCGCGCAGUUGAAUUCUCAAGUCGUUCAGGGAAGCUUCCGAAUUGAAAACUACAACCACUUACAUUUCAUUUGGGGAACAAAUGCAGCCAGCCAAGUUUAUAAUGUUAUAACUGGCAUAAUUCUUCAAGACGAUAACACAUGAAACUGAUUGAUUCAUUCUAGUGCUAACCGUAAAAUAAAAAUAUAAAAAAAGAAUUCGAUCAGGAUGAGAUUCGAACUCACGCGGGGAAACCCCAAUGGAUUAGCAGUCCAUCGCCUUAACCACUCGGCCACCUGAUCACGGCAAAAACACAGUUUAGUUUGUGUACACAUCAAAACUCUACUUCUCUAACUCUCAUGCAAGAGUAAGAGUAUGCUACUCGGGAGUUUUCAAAACGAUAACGCAUGUUCUUGUUAACUAUGUGGCCCAGCAUUGACAAAAAAAGGUCCAAUGAAAGAUCGUAGACGAAACGUGUAUCUAACCACGAAAAAAGAGGAUUUCCAAACGGUCUCUUCAUGCAUUCCUGAGAAGAAGCCGUCGAAAAGUGGGA